AUGUCUUAGGUGAGGGAAAUGUGAUAUUAAAACUUUUUCUAAAGAUAAACUUAACAUAUAAGUUCAGUUUGUUCCUCAUAACAUUUUGUCACGUGCUUAAUUAUUAAUAAAAUAAUUAUACAAUCUUUCAUGAAUUAUGGUAUAACAUAAUGAUUGUACUAUUAUGUGUAGCAAUAAGGAUUUCCUUUUUUGUGGCAAGGAAAAUCCCACAUGGAUGUUAUCCAAGGUCAAAUGGAAUUAUGAGCAUCAAUCAUCAUACAAAUUAGGUUGAAGCGUUCCCUCCAAGCUUACGUUGUACUUGCAUUUUUCGACAUAUCGUUGACUCCUUGCACCACAAGAACAAAGCAUUUUUAUAUGCAUACAUGUAAUAUUUGAUUACUGAUACCAACAAUAUGAUAAUCAUUUAAGAGAACUAGUUGACAAUUUGUCAUGAUUCGAGGGCAAGUUUCGAGAUCAACAACUCAAACCACCUUCUAUAAAUAUCCUCCUUCACAAACUUCAGAGAAAGAAACAGAAACAAAAACAACCUAUCAACAUUUAAGAGUGAUAAUCAAUGGAGUUUUUCUCAAUGGAUUCUGAUUGUGGGAAGAUGAACAGAAUGACAAGUUCUUGGCACAAUGUUGUCGUUCUUGUAGGAUUGCUUCUAGCACUCAAUUUGGCAGCAUUUUUGACAGAAUUAUCACAAGAAACUGUGAGGAGAAGCGUGAGCGAGUGCCUCGUCACACUGGGAGUCAAGUUCCUCAACUUCUGCAUUGCCAAAUCUACGCAGUUCAGAUAUGCCGGCCCUAUGCAAGCUCAGCCAUCGUUCAUGCCACUCGUGUUCUGGUACACGCUGGCGCAGUCUGUCUCUUCUCUGUAUUCUUGA